AUGCCGACGCAAGCGCGAUGCGAGCGCGUGCCGCCCGCCCACGGCGUGUGGGGCGCCCUAGACCUGAGGGUGCUGCAGGAGGAUGACUUACCAUUAGACCCGCGCGAGUGGUGUCGCGCGCAGGUGGGGGCGUGGGUGUCGCGGCGCGGGGGACUCCCCGAGCGCUUCCCUAUGAACGGCAAGGCGCUGUGCCUCAUGACGCGCGACAUGUUCGUCGCGCGGGUGCCCGCGCUCGGACAGGCCCUGCAUCAGGACUUCAGACGAAGGCUCGCAAAAGCUCUCGCUCUACAGGAGCUUAUCGAAAAGCUGUCGUCCAAA